UUGGCCCAACAUUGACACUUCAAGCUGAGCCAGAGCCCAGGGGAGUCCCAGAGGAGGGACCACCCGGAGUGUGUGCGAGCGACCAGGGCGGACCAGACGAAGAGGGCACCAUGGCGGCCCUCUUGCUGCUGCUGCCCCUACUCUUGCUGCUGCCUCUGCUGCUGAAGCUGGACCUCUGGCCUCAGCUGCGCUGGCUGCUGGCCGACCUGGCCUUCACAGUGCGCGCCCUCCGCUGCAAACGGGCCCUUCGAGAUCGCGCGCUGGCCGCAGCAGCCGCAGACCCGGAGAGCCCCGAGGGCGGCUGCAGCCUGGCCUGGCGCCUCGCGCACCUGGCCCGGGAGCGUCCGGCACACACCUUCCUCAUUCACGGAGCACGGCGCUUCAGCUACGCGGACGCAGAGCGCGAGAGCAACCGGGCUGCUCGCGCCUUCUUGCACGCACGCGGCUGGGCCGGGGACCGCGGUGGCGGCGGCGGCGGCGGCACGGGCGCUAGCAGCACCGAGGAAGGCGCACGCGCGGCGUCUGCCGCCCGAGACUCCGCGGCGGCGGGAGGAGGGACGACCGCACCCCCUCUGGCACCCGGGGCGACGGUGGCGCUGCUCCUCCCCGCCGGCCCGGAAUUCCUAUGGCUUUGGUUCGGACUGGCCAAAGCCGGCCUGCGCACGGCCUUCGUGCCCACCGCCCUACGCCGAGGGCCCCUGCUGCACUGCCUCCGCAGCUGCGGUGCCAGCGCGAUGGUGCUGGCUCCAGAGUUCCUGGAGUCCCUGGAGCCGGACCUGCCGGCCCUGAGAGCCAUGGGGCUCCACCUGUGGGCGACGGGCCCUGAAACUCAUCUUGCUGGAAUCAGCAAUUUGAUGACUGAGGCAGCAGCCCAAGUGGAUGAGCCAGUGCCUGGGUACCUCUCUGCCCCGCAGAGCAUAAUGGACACCUGCCUGUACAUCUUCACCUCUGGCACUACUGGCCUGCCCAAGGCUGCUCGCAUCAGUCACCUGAAGGUCCUGCAAUGCCAGGGGUUCUACCAGCUGUGUGGAGUCCACCAGAAGGAUGUGAUCUACCUCGCGCUCCCACUGUACCACAUGUCUGGCUCCCUGCUGGGCAUUGUGGGCUGCUUGGGCAUUGGGGCCACGGUGGUGCUGAAGGCGAAAUUCUCAGCUAGCCAGUUCUGGGGAGAUUGCCAGAAGCACGGAGUGACGGUGUUCCAGUACAUUGGAGAGCUGUGCCGAUACCUUGUCAACCAGCCCCCGAGCCAGGCAGAGCAUGGCCACAAGGUCCGGCUGGCAGUGGGCAGUGGGCUGCGCCCAGACACCUGGGAGCGUUUUGUGCGGCGCUUUGGACCUCUGCAGAUACUGGAGACAUAUGGAAUGACGGAGGGCAAUGUGGCUACUUUCAACUACACAGGACAGCCGGGUGCGGUGGGGCGCGCUUCCUGGCUUUACAAGUGUGGCUCUCCCCUUCCCCAGCACGUCUUCCCCUUCUCCUUGAUUCGAUAUGAUGUCAUGACAGGGGAGCCUAUUCGGAAUGCCCAGGGGCAUUGUGUGGCCACAUCUCCAGGAGAGCCAGGGCUGCUGGUGGCCCCGGUGAGCCAACAGUCUCCUUUUCUGGGCUAUGCUGGGGCUCCAGAACUGGCCCAGGGGAAGCUGUUGAAGGAUGUCUUCUGGCCUGGGGACGUUUUCUUCAAUACUGGGGACCUUUUGGUCUGUGAUAAGCAAGACUUUCUUCACUUCCAUGAUCGUACCGGAGAUACCUUCAGGUGGAAGGGGGAGAAUGUGGCCACAACUGAAGUGGCUGAGGUCCUCGAGGCCCUGGACUUCCUUCAGGAGGUGAACGUCUAUGGAGUCACUGUGCCAGGGCACGAAGGCCGGGCUGGCAUGGCAGCCUUGGCCCUGCGGCCUCCGCAGGCUUUGGACCUUGUGCAGCUCUACGCCCAUGUUUCUGAGAACUUGCCACCUUAUGCCCGACCUCGAUUCCUUAGGCUCCAGGAGUCUUUGGCCACUACGGAGACCUUCAAACAGCAGAAGGUCAGGAUGGCGAAUGAGGGCUUUGACCCCAGUGCGCUGUCUGACCCUCUCUAUGUCCUGGACCAGGAUGUGGGUGCCUACCUGCCCCUCACACCUGCCCGGUACAAUGCCCUCCUAUCUGGAGACCUUAGAAUCUGAGACCUUCCACUUAAGGGAGGGGCUCUGGGGGUACAGGCCACCAUGGCUGUACCAGGGGUUUUUGAGUAUCUUUUGUAUAUGGAGUCAUUAUUAUUUUGUAAUAAACAGCUGGAGCUUA